GAUUUAAAAUAAGUUUUAAAUAAGUUUGCCCUUUGGAAAUUUGUCAAGCAACCUCUCUAAUCUAUCAUAAAAAACAAAUUCAAAUAUAUAUUUGAGUCUAAUUAUUUAUUUUAGGAGAGAAGAUAAGAUAUUGGACAAAUUUCUAAUCAAAAUCAUAUUUUUUUUAAAAAAAAAAUACUGUUAUUGGGUUUGUUUGCUUUCCACUUUGCAGCUUACCUCCGAAUCUCCAAUCACCAAACCUCCAAAAGAACAAUCCUCGGGAGAGGAGAAGAGUCGUUCGAUCUAAGCCCACAAAUUUUCCAUCAGGAGCUUCCAUGGCGGAAUCAAAACCUGAUCAGGACUCUCCAGCAGAAAAAGAUGUAAAAGCACCAAACAUUAUUGAAAGAGCCAAGGAAGAGAUUGAUGCAAUGAUUCAUAGUGAGAAAUCACCUCACCAUCACAAGGAAACCCAUGGAAGAAGUGAGGACAUUGAUGAAGACACCCCAGUAGAUGAAGUCAAAGGGCCAAAUAUAUUUGAACGAGCAAAGGAAGAGAUUGAGGCCAUUGUUCAAGCAAUUCAUCCAAAGAAAGAACCUAAAUCCCCAAAUUAAGAAGGUUGGUUGAGAUUUUCCUGUGAGAAUGCUUGUGAACGAAUGUGCUCACUUUAGCAAUAACGAUUAAUUGGCAGCAUAACAAUAAAGUCCCUUUUUUUAGUUUAUUUUCCACUUGGAUUCCUUUGGUAUGUACUUAUAUUCCAAAUUUAAUUUCUGAGAUGAAAUGGAAUUGCAAUGUUUUUCAGUUA